AUAGCUUCCGAGAGCUUUCAAUGACUUCUCAUCUUAGCUCAGCUCACUCAUCCAAUUCAUCACCACUACUCCUCAUUCACGUAACCUGAUAACCCACUACUCGUAGAGUAUCAGACUAUCAUCACUGGACUGAACACAUCCAAAAUCGCAACCAUGUUCACCGGCAUCGUCGAAGAAAUCGGAGUCGUCUCCGAGCUCAACCCCAACGACGAGACAGGAGGCACCUCCCUCACAAUCACCCUGCCAGAGUCCUCCACCCUCCUCUCAGACUGCCACCUCGGCGACUCAAUCGCCAUCAACGGCGUCUGCCUCACCGUCACAUCGUUCGAAGCCUCCGGCCCCCCCUCCUUCAAGGUCGGCGUCGCCCCCGAGACCCUGCGCAUCACCAACCUCGGCUCCCUGGUCAAGGACUCGCGCGCCAACCUCGAGCGCGCCGUCCGCGCCGACACCCGCAUGGGCGGCCACUUCGUCCAGGGCCACGUCGACACCACGGCCACCAUCCUGGCCGUCACCCCGGACGGCAACGCCCUCACCUUCCGCUUCGCGCCGCGGGACAAGGCCGUCCUGCGCUACAUCAUCUACAAGGGCUACGUCGCGCUCGACGGCACGAGCCUGACCGUGACGCAGGUCAAUGACGAGGAGGGCUGGUGGGAGGUCAUGCUGAUCAGCUACACGCAGGAAAAGGUCGUUGUCGCGAGCAAGAAGCCCGGCGACACUGUCAACAUUGAGGUGGACAUGAUGGCAAAGUAUGCUGAGAAGAGCCUCGCGGGGUACCUCGGUGGCGCCGGCAGUGCUCCGUUGGAGAGAAUGGUUGAGCGGAUCGUAGCUCAGGGACUUGGUGGCAGGUCUUGAGGAGAGAGUACAUGUGUCGAAAAUAAAACGUCAUCCCUAGUUAUUUAAAG